UGACAUCACACGACCAUUUUGGAGAUGAAAACACAGUAGAGGAAAUUCGAAAUCGAUUCGCUGAGAAAAGCCACUUUCAAAGAGUUACGAGCAGAUUUGGUUGUUUGAACUUUCAUUCUUCUUGCUGAAUAAUCUAGAGAUCAUGGCCAGCCAGAUGGAAAAACAUCUUUUUAAUUUAAAGUUUGCAGCAAAGGAUUUAGAAAGAAAAUCCAAGAAGUGUGAAAAAGAAGAAAAAGCGGAAAAACUAAAGUUAAAAAAGGCUAUCCAAAAAGGGAAUAUAGAGGGAGCAAAAAUACAUGCAGAAAAUGCCAUAAGACAAAAGAAUCAGGCUCUGAAUUUUAUGCGAAUGAGUUCAAGAAUUGAUGCUACUGCAUCACGAGUGCAGAGUGCUGUAACUAUGAAACAGGUGACAGGCUCAAUGGCAGGUGUAGUGAAGUCAAUGGAUUCAGCAAUGAAAUCCAUGAAUUUAGAAAAGGUGUCUGCUCUGAUGGACAAGUUUGAACAACAGUUUGAACAUCUGGAUGUUCAGUCAAGUUAUAUGGAGAAUGCAAUGAGUGACACUACAACACUGACAGUGCCACAGGGACAAGUUGAUAGUCUUAUGCAGCAGGUUGCUGAUGAAGCUGGCUUGGAACUCAACAUGGAACUACCAGCUGGACAACAAAGUCAGCCAAUUGGUACAGCUUCAUCUGCUUCUGCAGAGCAGGAUGAGUUGUCACAGAGGCUGGCUAAACUACGACAAUCUUAGGACAGACAUGUGUGAACAAGUCAUUGAAAAUAAUCAAUGUCUGGUAGUAAAUAAGUGAUUUGUUUUUGUAAUUCUUGAUCAGUGAAAAACACAGCUCUGUACCAUUUUAUGCACUUUAACAUUUGGUCUCUGACCUAAGUUGCAUUAUCUGCCUUUUGUUGUGAACAAAAAUACCAGCAAGCCCACUUGUAUUCCACUGACAAAUUUACAGAUCUUUUGAAAGUGCUUUUGAAAUUUGCUUUUGCUUGCAGUUCUAUAAUUUAAACCUGAUUCCAGAUUUUAUACAUUAAUGAAAGGUUGUCCAAGUUUCUUUCAAAAACAGUAUUUAAUUGACAGGCAUCUACACAGUUGAUGUGAACUGAACUGUGAUAUGUAUUUUAGAAAAUUCUCCAGACCAUUUCUUACCAAAAUUUGUGAAGUUUUAGCCAUCAAAUUAAUGAUUAACUUCUGUUCUAGAAAGCUUAAAGGUUUUCCAACUUCACUUGAGUAAUAUCUGUUUUUUUUUUGUGGAGAGACUUGACUUGUGGAGAGACUAAAACUUGUAGAGAGCUGCUUGGUAUGCACUUUUUCAAGAGAAAACAGUUGUUCUUCUCUCUUGUGUACUCACUGUUAUUCAUUUCCUGGCUAAGCAGUGAAAAUAAUUACACCUUAGUGCAGAACAAAAAAAAAACACAUACACACACACACAAGCAAGUAGAUUAGUACAUAGAACACAUAUAGGAAAGAAUCUAAUUAAUGGAAAGAUUCAAAACACCUGCAUGGGAAGAUUACUACAGCUCGCACUGAUUUUGUGUAAGAUGAUUAAUCUUAUACUUUAGCUGUGGUUGCUUUUAGGAUCAAGCAGUUUGGAUAUGGAUGGCUGUUACCAUGAUUGUUGUAUAGCCAUUCUGAUGGGAAUUUUGUUUUAACUGAACUUUGUUCAUUCUUGAUAACUUCUGGUUGGACAAUGUUCAUUUUAGGUGAUAAAUGAUCUAAAGCUAUUUCCCUUUUAUAUAAUAUCUGUUCAAGCUCAAGAAAACAAACAUGUUACAACUUAGCCAA